CAUCAGCAGCAGCAACAACAACAGCAACAACAGCAACAACAACAGCAGCAGCAGCAACAGCACCCUUUCAUGGGAGACACAGAGCGUUGGCUCACAGACGACAGUCAGGAAGAUUUCAUGCCUAAAAUGGUUCAACGCCGCGCGAAGAGGAUCAUUCCCGAUACGGAGAAAGAUGACAAGUACUGGGAGAAGCGGAAACGGAACAACAUGGCCGCUAAAAGGUCAAGGGAGAAUAAGAGGCUUAUGGAGAACGACAUCCGCCACAAGGUGUCACUCUUGGAGGAGGAGAACGCGUUCAUGAGAAAAGAAAUCUCCCUCAUCAAAGCCAGAUACGGCAUCCCAGCAGACCAGAGCUACAUGACUCCAGAAGAAAGAGCCCAGUGUAUGCAGCUCUCACCUGCAAAUCAAUCCCCACAGGAGGUGAAGAACGCCCAGGAGGCCAGUAACGAGGCCAGGAGAAAGAGGGAAGCGGAGAACAACAGUGGCGAUGACGUGUCCUCCACCAGUCCAUCUCUCUAUCCUCCAGGUUUACAUCAGGUGAACGAGGAGCCGGAGAACGAGCGGCGCGCCAGCUCCGACACCUGCAGCUCCAGCCCCAAACUCAAGGACGACGGGGUUCUCAACCCAGACAAGUAUGGCCCCUCCGCCUACGGGCCCUUCAACCCGUCACCGAGCUGGGGACCUGCGGGCGGCAGUGCGGGCGCCGUCGGGCCAGUGCAGUUUUCUGGCAACAGUGCAGGACAAUAUUCGCCCACGGGAGUCAGUCAAACGAAGCUGCCUCCUAUCUCGAACGCAUUUCACGAAAAAAGCAGCAACGCCGCGACCUACUCUCGUUACGUCAACGGGGGAAUCCCUAACUACGCGGCGUAUGAAUACUACAUGCAGUGCGCGAGUCAAGGCGGCCAGAUGCUCUUCGGGGGGGCGGAGAGCCCGCACACAGUCCCCGCCCCAGCUGACCUCAGUACGAAUCGAAACAAACGAGCGGAUGAUCAGAGGGGCGGGGCUUCCGCUAUGGUAGGCGGGUCUGGGGUUAUCGGAGGUGGCAGUGUUCGAAAUAUGAUGAACCCCGCGAAGCCGGAAGAUAUGACAGACGCAGGAGUCCACGCCAUGUCCAAUAACGUUCCCGCCUCUCUCUGUCUGGAUGAUGUGGCAGCGAUGGCGUCUUCCAUUGGUCAGGUUCCGCGAAGCCAGGAGCAGUUCGCGAGGGGCGUGCCCGUGGCGGGACAGAUGAACGCAGUAGCCAAUCCAGGCCACAGUCUGCCGGCGGAGGCGGCGCAUACUGCCAACAACGGAGGUAUGGGCGGGCCGGACCAAGAAAAUUUGAAGCGGGAAAACGAUGUUUUGAAAAUGGCCGUGAGAUCGUUAACAGCUCAAGUAGAGCAGAUGAAGGAUCAAGUAUACAAGGAUUAAGGACCCCCCCCCCCCAACCCCAACCCCAUCCCCACCCCUCUACGUGCCCAGAGAAUAGAAGCAAACAGUUUCGUGACUGAUGGCAAUAUUGCAUGGUGAUUAUCAUGGUCAUAAUAGUAUGCUUUUUGUGCCACAGUCGACCUAAUUUCAAGAACGAGGGAGACAGGCUGCCUAGAUUGUUCACGACUAGCCAGGCUAUGUGGGCUCUAUAUUGUAUCUCCCAGACGGAUCUGAAUUCUUUAAAAAUAUCUUUAUUGAGACAUGUGCGCACGGUAUUGUGUUGCAUAGUAUGGGGAUUAACGCCCCUUUCAACAAAGUGGGAUAUUCUAGCGGCAUGACCUCCCAUCGACUAUCAGUCUCUAGAAUGACCAAACCAUGACGGUGAAGAGCCUUGCAAACUUUUCAAUCAGCUCCAAACUUUUUAAUGCCUCCACAGGUAUUCAAACGACAGUCUCCACGACUGGAACUCUAUAGCUAGCCUCUCCGUCAGCUCAAUUGUUAUCUUAUUGAGCUGUAUUGCGGAUGGCCCUGGUUCAAAUUUGCAAUGAUGAGGAGUUCCAUGGACUUUUGAUUCAGAGGUCCCACGGUGUUAAAAAGCUAAAGAAGAGUUUUAGUAAAGUGUCUAGUUUGGUUGAACAAUCUACCUCAAAUGGGACAGGUAUUUCUUAGUUCCAUCUACGAGUAUCCUAUAGCUUUGAGAGCGUGGCAGUUAUUGAUGCUAACUGAAUGCCAAACUGUUUGUCCUUUGAGGACUGAGAAGGGAAUCUUGAAUGAACGAGCAGACGAAAGGCGAUAGAUAUUGUGAAGUCAUGUCAAUAUUCAGUCAGAGGUGACACAUGACUAUAACAUACUUGUACAUAUUCAUAAAUGACCAUUUUACUGUUUGUUAUCACUUUGCAAUCCGCAUAUACGUACUUUCACUCCAGGCAGCAUUCUGUCAGAAUGUUUGUCCUCAUAUCUCACCUCAGGAUCAUCAGGAUACGGGUAGAAUCCGUUAAUCUUUUUCAUCGUCAUGCAGUCCUAUUAAUACCACCUCAGCUUUAACAGCAAAUACGACGGGUAUUGUAUGUGUGACAAAGUCCAAUGUUUACUUUUUGUUGUCUUUUUAAAACAAUUUAUUGUGUAUAUCUUUUCUGGAAAAUUAGUGGUAGAAAUCCGAAAUAUUUUUAUUGUUGUUUUCACAAGUGUAAUGGCGUAUUCAUGUGUCAGUCAGUCCGCUCACUGUGUGCCACGCUAGCAGGGGAAUGCUUACUAAUUCAUUCAUUGUGUUCCAUUUCCACCGACUACUUGUGGCUCUGCCGUUACUCACAUAUAUAGACGCCCUUCCUUCCUGUUUUCUGAAUCAUACACAUACAAACAUACAAACGUAUCUACAGACAUACUUGAUCAUUCAGCUAAGAGACUUCCUUUUCCUCCACCCAAUGUGCUCAUCUGGGAUCUUUGUGCUGGCUGAGGGAAACUACUACAGAGCCUGGUAACAAGAGCAGGUUGAUUCUACAUUUGGCAAAGCCUCUAAGUCAAACAAAAACGUAUAGCCGACAUGUAUCACUCUGCUUUGGACACAACAUAAUAAGCAUCUUAGCGCUGACAGAGCACUAUUUUCCACUGACAUUUGCACUUUAUAAAAAGUGGCACCUGUGUAAAUACAAUCCUGGCAGAUAUUGGCGAAUAACGAUUUCGUAUACUUGUACACCCCAGGCAGCAAACAUAUGGCUGAUCUCGCCCAGGUUUUCUUCAGUUUGUUUCCGAUUCUUUACAAGUUGAUCUUUUUAACUUGAGGACUUGUGAGUGUUCGUGUGUGUGUGUGUGUGUGUGUGUGUGUGUGUGUGUGUGUGUGUGUGUGUGUACAUGUAUUUAAAUUUUCUCUGUAUUGGCAUCCAGUACGUGUUUUAUAACAACAUGUUGUGCACGAUUUUCUUUCUUUUUUUCUUUUCCAAAAAUGUAAAGUUACGUUUAUAUGCUAUUUGUUUUUAAUCUAAAUUCAUAUAAAACAUAUCUUUACUUUAAACACAUAGACGUUUAUACUGUGGGCGUUGCUUUCUUUGAUGAAGAGAAUCAGUGUCACUGUUCUGGUCAUUCAAGACUUGGUCUGAAAAUAUCAACGGCUUAACAUUGCUCACUUCUGGUUGGGCAUUCAUUGAUCAGAGUGUCUUAUGAUGUGUUUGAGAGUGUCUUGAAUAUUAUUAGUCUAGUACUAUGUAUUACGCAUUUAUUAAGCAGGACAAUUCUCGUCCAUGGGAGUUAAUGAAACAAAACUACUCCCCAUCCUGAACGUAUUUCUCGAAAAAAGCAGCAAAGCUCUUGGUUAAACCGUGUUAAACCAUGUUUUUAAAAAAGAGAUAUAUUUUUCUAUGGAAACCCCCCCCCCCCCCCCAAAAAAAAA